CUCGCUCUUCACCAUGCAGGAGUCAGAGAAGACGACGUGCGACCCAGAGCCCAUGCAGAACGGAGAGGCCAUGAGUCCGGACGCGCAGGACUCCAAAGGACCGCCGGGGGACGAGGAGAACCAGGGAGCCGUCCCGUCGGCCCCGCCGCUUCCCCAGGAGCCUCCUCCGUGUCCGAGGCCCAAACUGGUGUUUCACGCACAGCUCGCGCACGGGAGCCCGACGGGACGCAUUCACGGCUUCACCAACGUCAGGGAGCUUUACGCCAGGAUCGCAGAGGUCUUCAACAUCUCCGCUUCUGAGAGGAUAAAGGAAGACAGCACCAUUGACCAAAUAAAGACGGUGUGUGUCGGCGAUCACAUCGAGGCCAUUAAUGACCAGAGCAUUGUGGGAUGUCGGCAUUAUGAAGUGGCGAAGAUGCUGAAGGAGCAGCUGAGAGGAGCGCCGUUCACCCUGCGCCUGGUCGAGCCCAAGAAAGCCUUCGACAUGAUAGGCCAGAGGACGCGAGCGCCAAAGUCCGGCGAGGGCAAAAUGGUGAGCGGGAAAGAGACGCUGCGGCUGCGCUCCAAAGGAUCGGCCACGCUGGAGGAAAUCCCCGAUGAGUUCGAAGACAAGGCCAUCAAGAAGGUCGACGACCUGCUGGAGAGUUACAUGGGGAUCCGGGACCUCGAGCUCGCGACUACCAUCGUGGAGGCCGGGAAGAACAAGAAGAACCCAGAUGAUUUCGCCGAGGCGCUCGACUCUGUUCUGGGCGACUUCGGCUUUCCUGACGUCUUUCUAUUUGAGGUUUGGGGGGCUAUGGGAGACGUGAAGAAUGGACGCAUUUAGAGAGUACGUCAGACAUCUGAGAGACAUUCAGCUUGAUUUGUGACGUCUGUCAUCUGUUUUCAUAUACACAAUCCUCCCAAUUCCCACGCUGAUCCUGAGGAACGGAGAACGUCAAGGUAUUAGCGGCUAAUCGGCACGCUAACGCAAACAUUCAAGUGUGUAGAGCAGUAUGAAGUAGGUCGAACUGUAUUUCCCACCAAUGUGUAUAGCUAACAAGGGUGUAAACCAAUCUUGUAAGUGUUUUACAUGAUAAAUUUGACUUUUAGAAGUAUUAUGAUCAAGUAUAUGUUAGCUUAGCUUAGCCUAGCCUCUGUUUGUUUUGCCGUCUGUUGUGUUAUGUAUAAAUACAUCGUGUUACAGGUGAAAUGAAUGAUCUUUUACGAUUAAUGACAAAUCAUGUGACACGAUUAGCUUGUGUAUAUAAAAACAAUCAAAUAUUUAAUCAAUUCUAUGCACACAUUCGAUGUGUAUUUAACUUAAAUAUCUGCUAGAAGAAUGUACGUACCCCUUUUAUGAUGACCUGAUGUGACGUGUAAAGAUUAAAAACAU